AUGUGGUUUCAUGUCCCAUCCUGCUAAAUCAUCCCUGCUAAGGGAGUCACUCUAGUUUGUGCCACAAGCACUUUGCUUGCCUAUGAGAACCUUUCACUUAUCCCACGUCCCUUUGGGAUUGGAAUUUCAGUUUUCACAGACUUUUCUUUUUAAAGCAAGGUUAUCAAGCCUGUCCAUUUGCAGCUUAGUUACCUUUCAUCAAAAGGAGUGUGAUAACCUCCUUGGCUGAUUGCACUCGCUGGAGUUUAUCAACACCAUCCGCAGAAGCCAGUUUCCAUAAGUGGAAGCCAGAUUCCAAAAUGCCAUGUUUCCCUCUGCAUGGGGCUGUUAAUUUAUCUAUAGGCUUUCUAUGCCUCCUCUUUGUUUCCAACUUGGCUGCAAGCACAAAGGAAGAAAACAAGAAAGAUGAACGGGUAGCUGUGCUUGCUACCGCAGAGCUGCCGGCUAAAUCGGUUGAUCUGGCGGCAAUUAACCUGACUGAGCUGGUAAAUGGGAUGCUAAAUACAGCCCUCAAAGGUACCAGAAAGUUCUUCUCUCUUCUCAGCAUCACCUCUUAUAGUUCAUAUGCCUUCCACAAGGUUUCCAUCGUUGUCUAUAACAUUUCCAACUUGAAAAAUAUUGACCCCACGAAAUUCCCCAUGAGGUACUGCUACUGCUUAAAUAACAGGACAAACGACUUAACAGACUUUACAGCUUUGCUAGUGGAUAUCAUUGGAAACUCCACCAAUUAUCUUACAGAAAUUUUCAAGUCUACUUCCAUUCUGUCAGUGAGCCAGAGUAAUGACACAGACUGUGUCUAUAUUUGCGUCAUGUCAGGCCGUACAGGCAGAAAUUUCUCAGACUUAUGGGAAGCAAUAGAGAAGUCCCCUGUUAUUAACUACACUUUUUCUGGGAAUGUGUCAGAUCUCCUGGAUUUGGAAUCCAUCCUUCCCAGCCUGAUUCCUCUACGGGUAGAGGCUGACAAGGUUCUAGGCGAUACUGCCGAAGACACAUGGACGUUCAAAACUACAAAGGUGCCUGCAUGGGCACAUACUAGUGGCGUGAAAGGAAAAGAGAUGCUCUGGACGCAACAUCCCACGUUGCUGAAGACUGUGAGUUUGAAAGGCUCCGAAAUGCCAUCUGUACAGUUUCCCUUAUGGCUGCAGACAGAUGCUUCAAAAGGACAUGAUGUUUCACCUACCAAAAUGGCCGCAGUAAGGCCUCUUUUUACUGUGACAGAAGGCUUCGAAAUGCCAUUGGGAGAACUGCCAGGACCAAGUCCAAAAAUGUCUACACCGGCUUGGACUGUUGCUGUGGAAGGUGAGGAAACCACCUCAACACAGUUCACCACGUGGCAAAAGACCAUUGGUUUGAAAGGCUCUGAAGUUUCAUCUUUAAAGGUCUCCUCGUGGCUGCAGACGGAUGGUCCCAAAAACUGGGGAUUUUCUCCUACCAAAAGGGAUCUUUCCACUCUUCUUUUGACAAGCUAUGACACUCCACAUCAAACACAGCCAGUGCCAAAGUAUGGAGCAGGAUCAUACCUGAUGUCCCCACCACUGACAACCACUGAUACAUAUUCCAGCUUCCAUGCAUCUGCCAUGGGAGUCCCUUUGCCACUGGCUUCUCCUUCUACAGAACAAGGGAAGGAUGCUUUGAAGACCCGCCCUCCUUCCAUUGGAACCUCUGCAUUCUUGACACGUCCAGCUUCCAAAAUAACCAAAGCACCUCUGCAAAUGGAGACAGGAAAUUUGCCUUUGGCUACAGCCUCUACACCUCCCCAAAAGCCUGGCAUCUUACUGAAGGUCCAUUCCAGAUGUCCACAGGCAGCCAAGAAACAGACCUUCAUGACCACCCCUGUCAUUACGGAUCAAAAGAUCAACCCUUGUGUGAUGGAGCUAUGCAAAUUCUUCCAGCAGUGCCUUUGUAUGCGGCAAAGAAGAUACUCGAGAGAAGAAGCUAUGAGGUACUGCAUUGACAACUAUUCCUGGUUUUUGAGAAAUGCAGCAUAUGUCUGUGAAAAAGUCAAAAGAAUGGCUUACUCAAACACUUUAAAGCAAAAAUGCCUUGCAAGCAUUUGUAAAUCUAUCUGAAUCUUCAGGAGGAACCAUUGAUAACAAGAAGACUUGCAAAAAUCACCGCUUUGUAUUCCUUAGAAGAACAAGAAAUGAGGACAAGUUUAGCUCUCUUUCUCUUUGUAGGGUAGAAUCUUUUCUCUUCCUCAUAAUGAUUAAACAGAACAUAUUACUAGAAAGUGAAACUCAAAACCAGAAAUUUCAAUGUAAUGAAACAAUUCCAAUUUUUUGUAUAUUGUACUUUAUUUAUUAGUGUUGUUAAUGGAUGAAAGUUGGGG